GCCCUUGGGGUUCAAGUAUUACAUCUGAUGUGGAUUCGUCCACGUGGUUAUGACGGGAUAGACAUGGGACCCAUAUAUGAUCCAACGGCGUAGAGCACUCGUACAGGUCUAAGUAAAUAUCUUUAUUUCUUUUUGUCUUCAAAAGAGAGAAAAAGAAAUAAAAAGAUUCUUAAAACCCUUUCUCACGAUUUAUUUGCCGCAUCCCUAAAACCUCUCAAAUUUCUCCGGCGAGUUUUCUUGGUCACUUUCGCCGGUAAAAAGAGUUCUUCAUCUUCAGAUUUCUCCCUCUGACCUGGAAUUCUGGUAAUCUAUUGAGGACUCUUCUCUUCUGGGAGAUGUCCAGGUGAUUCCUCUUUCGACAACAGUGAUAUUAAGGAAAUGGCGUCAAGAGCGAUCAUUAGGAGGAAGAGUAUCAUUUCGGAUUACCUGAGUGUCUAUGCUCGUUCAGCCCAGAGCUUUCAGUCCAUUGGAAAUUCCGCUCAGGCGGUUGAUUCACAUGCUUAUCACUCUCUCAUCAACCAUCCUCCCGUGGAAUCUCACCGUGUAGCCGAACACAAGUCCUUUUCAGGAAGAUAUGGUCUUCUAUUGCCUUCUAGAAACGGAUACUUCGAUCGUAGAUUCCAUGGUUCUGACUUCUCCGGCACCGGUUUUGGAAGUUCGGAAAUGUUUCCUUCUCUGGGGAUGAGAUUCAUGAGCAUGUCCGUUCGUAAUGCUACUACAGCUGCAGCUAAGAAACCGGAUGAAGAGGAUAAGAAAGAUGAUGGGGUUGCUAAAAGUAGGAAAGAGGCAUCUCCUGAGGAGUGUGAUCAAGCUGUUGAAAGUCUGAGCAGUUUAAAAGCACAGGCGAAAGCUAAACGUCUUCAAGAUUCCAAAAAGGUUGCUCGAUCGAUAGUGCAGAGGACGUGGGCCUUUGUUCUUGGGAUAGGUCCUGCUUUAAGAGCCGUUGCCUCGAUGAGCAGGGCGGAUUGGGCAGUGAAGCUCACUCACUGGAAACACGAGUUUGUAUCAACACUGAAACAUUAUUGGCUGGGGACGAAGCUACUCUGGGCAGACACUAGAAUCAGUUCAAGAUUGCUGCUCAAGCUGGCUGGUGGAAAGAGUCUCUCGAGAAGAGAAAGGCAACAGCUUACUCGAACAACAGCUGAUAUCUUUAGAUUAGUGCCAUUUGCAGUGUUCAUCCUUGUGCCGUUUAUGGAGUUUCUGCUGCCAGUUUUCUUGAAGCUCUUCCCUAAUAUGUUACCGUCAACUUUCCAGGACAAGAUGAAAGAAGAGGAAGCAUUGAAAAGGAAAUUACUUGCAAGGAUAGAAUACGCUAAGUUUCUUCAGGAAACCGCCAAAGAGAUGGCUAGGGAAGUUAAACAUUCAAGAACUGGAGAAGUAAAGAAAACCGCUGAAAAUCUGGAUGAUUUUCUGGACAAGGUUCGAAAAGGUCAAAUAGUCCAAAAUGAUGAACUUUUGGGAUUUGCAAAGCUUUUCAACGAUGAGCUUACUUUGGAUAACAUUAGCAGGCCUCGCUUGGUUAGCAUGUGCAAGUAUAUGGGUAUUAGCCCAUUUGGAACAGAUGCUUAUCUGCGAUAUAUGCUCAGAAAAAGACUGAGGAGCAUAAAGGAAGAUGAUAAACUGAUUAGAGCUGAGGGCGUGGAUUCCCUUUCAGAGGCUGAGCUACGCGAAGAUUGCAGGGAACGGGGAAUGCUGGGGGUGGUUUCAGUUGAAGAGAUGAGGCAACAGCUUCGCGAUUGGAUGGACUUGUCACUUAAUCAUUCUGUCCCCUCGUCGUUAUUGAUCCUUUCUAGGGCAUUCACGGUUGCUGGAAGAGUUAAAGCAGAGGAUGCUGUUCUAGCUACUCUUUCUUCUCUUCCCGACGAGGUUGUGGAUACUGUUGUUAUUACUUCUCUGCCAUCUGAAGACCCUGUUUCUGAGCGAAGAAGGAAAUUAGAGUACCUUGAGAUGCAAGAAGAACUGAUCAAGGAAGAAGAAGAGAAAGAAGAAGAAGAGCUUACAAGGAUUAAGGAUGUUAAAGGAGGUGAAGAGGAUAAGGCGCUGCAAGAGAUGACCAUACCAACGGCCAGAGAAGCACAAGAGCAGGCCAGAGCUAGAGUUCUUGAACAGCAAGAUGAUCUUUGCAAACUUAGCCGUGCACUGGGCGUUUUAGCUUCCGCUUCGUCGGUGUGUAGAGAGCGCGAAGAAUUCCUGAGAUUGGUCAAGAAAGAGAUGGAGUUCUAUAACACAAUGGUCGAGAGAGAAGAUAUAGAUGGUGAGAAAGCUGCAAUGAAGGCAUACAAAGCAGCUAGAGUAGAUAGUGACCAAGGUGAUGAUGUUGCUGAAGCAGACGAGGUUUCCUCUGCGCUAAUGGAAAAGGUUGAUGGUCUGAUACAAAACCUCGAGAAGGAGAUUGAUGAUGUGGAUAUCAAAAUCGGCAAAGGCUGGCAGCUUCUUGACAGGGAUCGAGAUGGAAAGGUCACACCUGAUGAAGUUGCAGCUGCUGCGAUGUACCUGAAGGACACACUUGCUAAUGAAGGCCUUCAACAGCUAAUCAGUAGUCUCUCAAAAGAUAAAGAGGGAAGAAUUAUGGUGGAAGACAUUGUAAGGUUAGGGAGGUUGGGAAGUAAGCCGGAAGAACAGGCAACAGAAGAAGAAUCAAAUUAAAAGGAUUAGCUUUUUUUUCGAGAGAAAGUCUGUUUCAGGUUUUGCUGCUUAGACAUUGGCAGUUAGAUAAUAGAAGAGUCAAACAUUGACUUAUAACUUUUGCUACUUAUGUGAAAAGACAUUAAAACAAAAACAAACUAUGGUUGUCUUAGACCAUCAGCAUUCGCAGUCUCUUAGUCUCUCAUAAUAUAAUAUUAAUAAAUUUAGAAAAAAGAGGAGAGAGGAAAGAGAAAGUCUCUCGUAUGAGAAUCGUUCACCAAUGUAGAUGCUUUUUUUUUUAAUUGGAACAUUUGAUAUUUUAUGAA